AUGAAGGGCGAACGACUCCGGUCAACUUUUGGCCUGCUUCUGCAGAGCGGCAGCGCCUUUUCGCGGACAGGACAGAUCCGACAACUGCACAAGACGAGGCCAGCACCGCCGAUCCCCCAGCCCCGACCUUUUGUUCCCGAUGUGCCGACUUUCCUCACCCUGAUCGGCCGCGGCCUCAACAAGUACGCCAACAAGUUCCCCUCGUGGGAGGCCCUCUUCUCCCUCACCUCCCCGCAACUCAAGGAGCUGGGCAUUGAGCCGCCCCGGAACCGACGAUACCUCCUCCACUGGAUGCACCGGUACCGAGAGGGCGCUCUGGGACCCGGUGGAGACUUUCAGCACGUCAAGGACGGGGAGGCACUGCUCAAGGUUGCGACACCGCCGCCGUCGAGCCUCAGCGAUGCCAAGUGGGUUGUCAACGUGCCCCACGAGGUCGAGGGUGCCGCCGCGGAGCCUUCCUCAACGCUGGUCCGGCCACAAGGAUACAAGGUGCUGGGCGCCAAGACGAUCGCAGGACCUUAUGCCACACCACUCCCCGGACUGGACGGCGCCGUGGUCAAGGUGACGGAGGGAAUGUGGGAGAACCGCCAGGGCCGCAAGAUUGACGGUGGUGAGCGCAGAAGGGCCGAGGUCCGGUUCAAGAGGAGGUCUGCGGAGCGGAGGGCCGAGCGUGAGGCCGAGAUGAUGUCGAACCUGUAA